UGUGCGCGCACAACCGACUGUGAGAGAAUUGUGAGAGAACUGUGAGAGAACGUCACAACCAAGUGAAAGGGAGGAGAGAGAAAGAGAGAGAGAGAGAGAGAGAGAGAGAGAGAGAGAGAGAGAGAGAGAGAGAGAGAGAGAGAGAGAGGGGAAGGAUAUAUUGAGUCAAAGCAGCUCUGCUUGCUCUUCAGUGUUGUGAGAGAAGAGACAGAGGACGUGUGAGAAGACAAGAUGGAGCGCUGGAACAGAUGAAGACUGUCACUGGUCCCAUCCGGCGGUCCACAUGAGCGUAUCGAAACCUCCUCCGCCCCACUCCCACUUCGCCCCCCCACCCGACUCUUCCACCUCCUCCCAUCUCUCCAUCCCUCCUUCCUCCUCCACCCCAUCCUCCCCCGCACCUUCUCGUGCCACCUCCUCUGCUCCCAGAUCUCUCCCGCCGCCCUCUCCUGUCAAGAUCUCCAUGCAGGAGCACUUUGCUAUCAACGUGUGUCCCGGGCCCAUCAUGCCUAUCCCGCAGAUCUCUGACUUCUUCCCGCGCUUCCACGACUUUCCCAUGACCCCGCCCCCGCCCCGGGAGAAGAAGAUCCUGAAGGAACCAGAUUUCGGAUUGAACAAUGGAGGGGAGACUGACGGUGAGAAUAAGGAGAAAGAGAGGAAACCCACCGAGGUGGACCGGGGGGAGAGGCAAGAAGGGGCGGAUUCGGACGAUGAUGAUGAAACUUAUUUGGGCACCCUGGAGUUCACCCUGCUCUUUGAUCACGAGAACAACUGUCUACACUGUACAAUCCACAAGGCCAAGGGACUAAAGGCCAUGGACUCCAACGGACUGGCCGAUCCAUACGUCAAGCUCCACCUCCUGCCUGGAGCAAGCAAGGCGAACAAGCUCCGCACCAAAACACUGAAGAACACUCUGAACCCGGUGUGGAGCGAGACGCUGAUGUACCACGGCAUCACCGCUAUCGACAUGACCACCAAAACCCUCAGGCUGUGUGUGUGCGACAUGGACAGGCUCGGUCGUAACGAGUUUAUCGGAGAGGUCCGUGUUGCCUUGAAGAAACUGAGCAAGGGCGAGAGCAAAAGAUUCAAAAUGGGUCUGGAGAGAAUCACACAGAACAAAGACAUCAACAAAGAAACCGUGGAGCAAGGAACACCUGUGGCUGAGGAAGAGCGUGGUCGUAUCCUGGUGUCGCUGUGCUACAGUCCAGAAAAGAGCUGUCUACUGGUUGGCAUCGUACGCUGUGCCCACCUCGCUGCUAUGGACUCCAAUGGGUACUCUGACCCCUUUGUCAAGAUUGUGCUGCAGCCUGAUAUGGGGAAAAAGUCCAAGUACAAAACCACAGUGAAGAAGAAAACGCUCAAUCCCGAGUUUAAUGAGGAGUUUGUGUAUGAAGUUCCGCACGACCAGCUGGCGAAGAAAACCCUGGAGAUCUCCGUAUGGGACUACGAUCUGGGGAUGAGCAACGACUUCAUAGGCGGAGUUGAACUGGGCAUAAAUGCCAAGGGAGUGAGGCUGAAACAUUGGUUUGAGUGUCUCAAACACAUCGGCAAGAAAGUUGAGUACUGGCACACCCUCACGCAGCAAGGAGCCCCUCCGGAGGCCCCCCCGCAGUGACUGAAAUACACACACACUUUAUCGCAAUUAUUAAAUGAUAAUCAAUGAAUGGUGAAGAAAUAAAUCAAUAAUAAUGUAAUAAAGUAAUAAGUGAUAAAACAUGCAAUAAUGAUACGGAUAAUGAUGAUAUAAUAAUAAUAUUAAUUAUAAUACAAAAUCACAAUAGUAGGUAAUUAUCCCAAUGUAGCUUUUUUCUAAGUAAGUACAUUUGUGAAAAUGUCCCUCGUUGAAAUGUUUAAUGUGAAGGUGCGAACAAAUUUGACCUUAGCCCUCAAUAUUGUGAAGUCACUUGCAUUUCAGUCAUUCAGAUGUACACAUUAAUAGUGUAGAAUCUCUUACCUGCACUGUAACUACAAUACUGGAACAGUCUGUAAGCACCUUUGGGCCCUUUGCCAAACAAGGUCUUGUUACGAACGUUGUAGUCACCAGGUCGAUUCUACUCGGAUGCAGUUGAAAAGGUGCGUCCGGUUGAGAUGACUGGCGUCUAGCAACGCUAAUGCUAACUGCUAUAACAGUUCUAGGAAGUAUGGGAAACUGCAUACUUGGUGUGUCUCUGAAAGUGGCUGCGGCGAAUAAAGUGGGUGGAUCAACAGCGAUGGGUGUAACAUCAGCUCUCUCUUAUUGGUUAGACGGUUUUGACUGAGCGGUGUUGUUUUUAGUUUCUUACCAUGCAACUACCAUACCGCUAGUGUUUGGACUUCAGUUUUGAAGCCAGAAGAUGAGCGCAAAUUGUAUUUCACUGCUACAAAUAAUUGUAUAUUUUCAGUGAAUAAAACUGACAAAUUUUUUAUUAAAAGUACUAAUGAUGUGACUGUCACCCUGGCUACACUAGGUAGCUACUUCCCACGCCGUUGCGGGACAAAAGUGCUUAGCAAGCGGAAGCGACAGACCCGGUGUUGUUGCCGUUCAUGCCGUCCCUAUUGAGUAGGUUGUAUCAAGGUGACAUCUAGAUAGUUAUCAAUAUUAGUUAUUUAUUGUGUAGGUUGCUAUCCCACUUGAAAUAAAAUAAUGGGAGGGCAAAAAAUUGCCACUUUAGCUACUGCUAGCAACAAUGCUGCCCAGUGGGAAGCACCUCAGGUUGGCAGACACUUUGAUACAACGACAACGGCACAUUAGUCAUUUGCACUGGCUUAUACACUCCUCGUGCAGCCCAGUCAGCCACGCAAAACGGUCUUUAGCACCAACAAAUCUGCCCAAUUUAAUGAUUCGCUUUCCAUAUACCCACUUGUGUUGAUCAACCCACUUCUUUCGCCACGUCCACUUUCAGACACACUCCACAUAUGCAGUUACCCGCGACUCAGUUCGAACAUUAACUAAGCUAACAAAACAAACUUCGCUAAUAAUGCUAACAGUACUAACAAUGGUACCAGUGCUAACAGUACUAACAAUGGUACCACGCCCAACAGCGCUAACAGUACUAACAGCCCGAAUAGUGCUAACAGCGCUAAUUUAGCGUAAUAGGUGUGAAAACAGUAUUCACCAAAGUGCGUUAACAGCGUUAGCAUGUGUUUACCCUCCUCUGCAUCCCUGAUUUACUAUACAAAGUACCCAAAUGAUGAGGACAAGUUGGGUAAGUCACCUGCUAUAGAUUUUUAUUAUGGUGGAUGUCGCUCUGAUGCAAACUGGCACACCAUGACGUUAAAGCACAAAAGGAUCCAUCUGACGGUCUGUCUCUGUGUACUUGUCCGAUGUCUGUAGGUGAUGACAGUGGGUGUCUGUAUCUCCCCUUAUCCUCCUGUGUGUAUGUGUCUUUGUGUGUGAGCGAGUGUUUGUGUGUGCAUACGUUUUGCAUACAAAUAUGUGUGUGCACGUGUGUUUUUGUGUGUUUGUCUGUAAGCGUGCCUCCAAAUGUCUCCAUCCAUGAACCCCAAAGCAUGGAGCUGUGAAGAAAGACUGAAAAAAAGAGACAAGACUCACUCCUACAGUACGACACUCACUCCUAUGUUCCCUGGAUGUCUCCCUGGUCUAGCAAACUGAUGUCCUGUCACAUGUGCAACAGUAUGGCUGGCAGUCCAGUGAGUCACUUUUCCUUGGUGACAGUCACACAAGAUAACCAUCCGUCUGGAUUAUUUUCUAAACCCUGCUCUGUGCCCUUUGACCUUUGACUUUGAGUGACUUGAAAGCUACACAGAGAGAUUUCCGCGGCACAGUCUCAAACAAACUAUAGCCCCUACUCUAAAGAGGGGUUAUCAGGGGUUAUCAAAUACCAACUACUGGUUGUGCAGGCUUUUGCUCCAGCUCCAGCCUAAUGCAGUCUGGACGACAAUAAGUGUCAUCGGGCGUGUUCGUGCUGGAACAAAGGCAUUCACAUCCCAGUAGCUCUCGAGGACGUAGAGUUUCCUCCUUCUUUUCGUGGUGCCCUUACACUAAGAUUUUAUUUAUAAAUGGCAGAAUUUUUUCAAUUUCAUUUCAUUUCAUAACAUUCAAAUGUUCCAUCAUGGAGAUGAAAAAAACUAUUAGUGUGAGAAAUAUGGAAAAAACCUGAGAUUUUAUCAAUUUACUCAUCUAUUCAUGUCUAAGUCGAGCAUAUGAAGCAGUGUUUAGGUCUAGGAGUUAGGGUCUGUUUAGGGAACUUUGAGAGAGAGACUACCCAGGCUGUUUUCAUGACAGAGAACUGCCCAUAGAGCUUAAAAGACUACCAUGGGAUGCCAGACUUGCAGGGAUGGACAGCAGAGAUUUCCCUGGAGGAAAGAGAGAUUGGCUGUGAUGAAUUAUACUCAGCAUGGCAACAAUCCCUCCCUGAAGCUCUACCACUGGACUGUGUGGACAAUCAUGGACUGUUCUGCAUGCAGGAUCAAAGGAUACUGACAAGACGUGUGUGUGUGUGCAUGCUUGCAAGCGUGUGUGCAUUGUGUACAUUUCUGUGUGUGUUCAUGCAUUGAAUCUAAACACACUCAUGGACACCUCACUCCCCCACCAUCCCUCGCAACAACAAAAAACACUGGCAUAAAGUAGACAGUGACUUCUCACCAUGGAUUCCUUUACCAGAGACAGACCUCGAGGGGUUAACCACAUUAAGGACAGAGGCCCAACCCUGUGGCCCCUGGCUACAGUUUGGACACCUUAUAGUUCCAACGUUGGCCCACUAAAGCACACUAUUACCCUUUUCACACUACUGAGACAAACACAGCCAAGUCAAGCCAAGCUGUGUCACACUGGCCUGGUUACUCAUCUACUGUAUUUGCUGGAAUGAAAAAAGGACAAUGUGAAAAUAAAAUAUCCUGGCCAGCACAGUAUGGUUUGGGUUGGCCCAGUAGUGUGAAUUAGACAUCUCAGUCAGUCAACAGUCUCCUGGACUUUUUCUUACUUUCUAACCGUUGUCUGGGAUCUCUGUGUUCGUUAUUCUGUACUUGGACAAAGGUUUGAAUGAAGGCGUCACCAUGGAUAACAAAAAAACAACGAUGAUUCAGCAUGGCUAGGGGUCAAAUAUAGAGGGACUGUGACAUGGAUCAUGGAUCGUCAAAGCUAGGGACUGAACUCUGAAACGAUGAGUGAGAAGUUGAGCUCGUCUAAGUCUUUCACGGUCACCAAGAUCGUACGUUGAUUGACCUCGACAAAGAUGGCGGUGGAGUGGAGAGGGCGGAAUCUGUUCUUCUCUAUGCACACCAAUGACGACACAGGAAGCCUCUCCACGCACAGCAACAACAGUGAAAUGAAUAAUCAAAUGAUAAACAUCUCCGAUGUCACUAUGUGAUAUGUUGUCAAAGAUGCAUUCAAGGUUUUUUAUGUAUGUAAUACUGCAUAUGUAUACAACGGGUGGGUCUACUCCUGAAAGAUGAUUGGUUAAACCGCAUUCCAGCCGGUGUCUAUUCCACAAGUUACUUAGUAUGUAUGUACUUCCCUCUCUGGGAUAUUCCUCAUCAUGGGAAGCCAGGCUUGAAGUUCUGAUGUAACAACGGGAGAUGUUUCUUCUCUUGUUCAGGUGAUCUGGUGGUUUAUUUUCACUCAGAUUCUCUCUAUCUCUGCCUUUUAUUUUGAUAUGUUGUCGGUCUAGCGAACUUGACUUUGUUCAUCAUGUGACAACAAAAAAAAAAACGUAUGCAUCUUAACAUUUUAAUAAAGAAAUGCACGUGUAACGAUUGUCAUAUAUAUGCAUAUGUAACUAACAUUGUAACUAACAUUGAUCAAUGCCAAUUUCUUUCUGGUUGAUAUCUUUGACAUGGUAUCAUCAAUCAAAUCUGUUACAGCUAUCAUCGCUGCUGUGUACUCGUUGGUUUGUAAUUUACUGUUUGUAAGAAAAAAAUAAGGGAUUAUUCAGGGUAACUUGCUCAAUUUUAUGCUUUUCUCAGUUCUGCCGUUGCUUUAAAACCUUUAUUGUCAUAGAUAUUGACAUUGUCUUCCUUUAAUGACAUUAAUGGAUUGGGGAGACAGGGUGGAGGGGAAGGACUAUUGUUACAGCAUCCCUGUGUACUCACGGACAUCCUGUACUGUCUAUCUCUAUGUGGAACAUACGGUGUGAUUGCCAUUCUGUGGUGACUUUGUGGAACUACUUCUCAAAAUAAACUGAACCCAUUUGAGUGGC